AUGGCGGAGGGCUACAUGGCUACCGCCACUCUGGCUCCUCCAAAGAGUGAGGAGGACCACGACCAAGCGGCAGCGCUAGCUUCCGGCCCAGGUGCCUGCAUUGCUGGGACUUCGGCGGCUGCUCCUUCCACGGCGGCCAAGGGUCGACGCAAAGUCUUCGACGCACACCUGGACCAGGACACCAUAGAAGCAGGCCUCGCCACGGGGGCUCUCAUCCGCGGCAUCUUGAGAGUCAGCGGAUCAAAGCUCAGUAUCGCCUUUGUGCGGCCAGAGGGUGCCAGAAGUGACGACCGGGACUUGGUGGUUCGCGGCUCGCAGCAUCGGAACCGGGCCGUCCACGGGGACGUGGUGAUUGUCCAGCCCAUCCUGUACGGCCGCCAGGAGGAGUCCUCUUCCGAGGAGGAGGCCGCGCCGCCGGCGGCCAUACCCUGCUCCGACUCUGAGGAGGAAGAGAUUGUGCUGAACAAGCCGCAUCUUGCAGGAGCAGCCCGAGCUGCCCCCAAGUCCUCCGAGCAGGAAGUGCAGAUGGCGAAGGUCGUCGCCAUCGCAGAGAAGAAAGGACAGGGUCGGGUCAUCGUGUGCACGCUGCACCCAGACCGAGACAAGAAGGAUUCGACAGGCGAGGUCCUGAAGGACGACCGCUUUAUCCGGGCAGUGCCGACAGACAAGCGCUUACCGACGAUGCUACUCCAGAUAAACAAUGUCACCAACAAGGCUCUGCGGCUGCCGGGGAAGCUGGAUCGCUUUCAGCUGUGGCCCAUGCAGAUCCAAGUGUGGAACGAGAGCAGCAAGCAUCCGCUUUGCCGCCUUCAGGGCAGCUGUCUGGGCCGGGCCGGCAGCCUGGAAGCGGAGGAGCGCCAUGCCCUGAUUGCCAACGAACUCGACAGCCACGAUGUCGACUUCUGCGAGGAAGAGCUUGAUGAGGUUGACCAGAUCGUGAAGGCGGCCCAGCGAGACUUCGAGUCGGAGGCUGCUUCCAGGAUGGAUCUGCGACAGAAGCGGAUCUUCACCAUCGACCCGGCCACGGCGAAGGACCUGGAUGAUGCCAUUCACGUGGAGGACUUGAAGGGCAAGGGCCAGAUCGAGGUGGGAGUGCACAUCGCCGACGUGGCUCACUUCCUGAAGCUCGGCACGAUUACGGAUGAGGAGGCCCGACGUCGUACCACCUCUGUCUACCUCAUCGGGCGGGUGUUGCCAAUGCUGCCGCAUGGCCUCUGCAACUAUCUCUGCUCCCUGAAUCCGAACGAGCCAAAGUUGGCCUUCUCGGCCUUCUUCCGCCUCUGCAAGAGAACGGGCCAGCUGAUCGAGAACCCUGCGCCCCGGUUUGCAAAGACGGCCAUCUCUUCCGUGUGUCGUCUGAACUACGAGCAGGCUCAGGACAUCAUCGACGAUCUUGACAUUGAGGAGGCAGACCGGCCGCUGGUGCACGGUGGCUACACGUGGCAGCAGAUCAAGGACGACAUCCUGCUGCUCUACGAAGUCUGCGGCAAGGUGCGGCAUGGCCGCCUGACAGGCGGAGCCAUGACAAUCAGCAAGACGAAGAUGGUCUUCCACACCAGGGACAGCGAGGACUCAUCGCACGAAAGCGCAAAGAUGCGGAUUGUGGCAACUGUCAAGCUGCAGGAUGGGAUUCCCACAGGCUACCACUUGGAGUCUCACAGUGCUUCUCACUGGGUCAUCGAGGAGCUGAUGCUUCUGGCCAACAGGUGCGUCGCCAAGCGCCUGGCCAUGUCGGAGCUCUCCGAGGUCGCGGUGCUGCGGAACCACAAGCCACCGGAUAUGAAGAAGGCGGAAACGCUCCAAAAGCUCAUGCGAGAGCGACUUGGGAUCAAGGACUUCAGCAUGUCUUCGGCCUUCGCCAUCUACAAGUCGUGCCAGGACAUCUACCGGAAGCAUGGCAAGAUGCUGGGGCUGUGUGUGGAGAUGAUGAUCAUGCGUGCCGGGAUGAAGCAGGCAGAAUACUUCCUGUAUGGUGUCGUCGAGGAAGAGGAGGAGGAGCAUUGCCCACAUCACUUUGCGCUGAAUUUUGACUACUACACGCAUUUCACUUCGCCCAUUCGGCGAUAUCCGGACGUGAUGGUGCACAGAGUGCUGUGUGCACUCUUGGAUCGUCAGAUGGAGGCUCGAGGACCAGCAGAAGAAGGCGAAGAAGAGGGGCCUGCCUUCUUUCAGACUCGCGACGAAGCCAAGGAGCAGGUGAAAAUCUGCAACGAGAAGAAGAUGAAUUCUCGGAGGUGCCAGGAGCAGCUCGACAGGGCUGUGUUCUGUAUCUACCUGCGCUCGAUGAAGUCUUGGUGCUACACCGUGGGCACCAUCCUGGCCAUGACCCGGAACGAGCGAGACGGCGACUCGCUGACUGUCUACUGCUCCCAGCUGGGGCGAGAGAGCAAGGUGACUCUUUGCCGGGCGUCCGCGGAGGAGGACAACGUGGAACUCUUCAGGAACGGUCGAGAACUCAGGAAGCUCUUGCCUGACAACUGGGAGUGGCUCGGACGAGGUGCCAUUCAGAUCACGUGGAGAUCGCGAGAGGACAAAGAGGAGGUUCAGAAGCUGCAGACCCUCUCCUGCAUCCCGACGCUUGUCUCGGUGACGAAAUGGGUUCCCAUCGACUAUGCUCUGUUCGUCGUGUCGCCGUUCCAUAAGAAGUACUCGGAAGUGAAGGCGGACAUCAAAGAGAGCGAGUUCGACGGGUUCACCUGGACAGAGGAGGACGAGGAGGGUGUGGAUGUCGUGUACGACGAGGGCCAGGGAGCCCAGCCGCGAGCGGUGUCGUGCUUUUUUUUCUGGGCUGGGUGGAAUGAACUCCUCUGGAUGGAGUUGCUGAGUGAUGGAGGCGCGGUCCUUCGCCAGAGGCCUUGCUUCCAGGGGAAUUUGUUUGCCGAUCCCAGAGUGAACAGCGAGUUCGUAAAGGGGAAGCCUACCAAGCACUCGGCGACCCAUGGUUGCAGAGGGAAGCUGGCGAAAGUCUUGCAGAGCUCUCAGCUCAUGAACAUCAUGGCACUGGUGAUUCUGAUCGAUGCCCUUGUCACUGUGGUAGACGUGGAUGCCCGAGCCGCUGGCAAUGAGCCGCCUCGGGCCAUGAUGGUACUUUCAGAUAUUUGCCUCUGCAUGUAUACAGCAGAGCUUCUGGCCAUGAUCUUCGUAGGGGGACUGCGGAUUUUUCUGAACUGGAUGCCUCUUCUGGAUUUACUAAUCGUCCUUUGCGGCUAUGCGGAGAUGGUGAUGGCGAACUUCCUGACUCCUGAAGAGGUUGGUGCGAUGAGUCUCCUGCGUGCCCUUCGUUUGGUGCGCAUCAGUAGGCUGAUGCGGCUACUGCGGAAGAGUCGCUCCUUGAAGGAGCUGCAGAAGCUGGCAACCAUGAUGACGACGUGUUUCAAGGCCUUGCUUUGGUCGUUCCUCCUUUGCUUCGUGAUCAUGACCCUGUGGGCCAUGUUGAUGGUUGAGAUGCUACAUCCACUGAUAAAGGAUAAUCCUGACUUCGCCAGCUGCGGCGACCUUUGCUUGGAAGCGACCUCUUCGGUGAUGCGUGCAAACCUGCUGCUGUUCCAGACCGUGAUUGCUGGUGACAGCUGGGGUCUCAUAGCGGUUCCGCUGAUCUUGAAGCACCCGGAGACUGCAAUCAUUUUCGUUCUGUCACUCUUGACAUUGGUUUUUGGAGUAUUGAACUUGAUCGUAGCUGUUGUCAUCGACAUGUUCGCUGAAGCCCGCGAAAGGGAUAUGGUGAACCUAGCAGAGGAGCUGGAAUACGAACUGGAGGACGACAAAAAAUACCUUCAAAAACUCUUCGAUCGCAUGGACGCAAACAACGACGGCGAGCUCUGCUUCGAGGAGCUCAUGGCCGGAGCAGGGCGCGACCCUGAGUUCCAGAGCCGCCUGAGGGUCAUGGACAUCGACCAGGCAGAUCUUCAGAUGCUCUUCGACAUGGUCGACCUGAAUGGAGACGGAAUGAUCCAGCCGACAGAGUUCAUUGGGCCCCUGAGCAGAUGGGCGAGGGACUCGAAAACAGCGCCGCGCUUCGUCAAAUACAACCUCAUGAAGAUGCAGGCACAGCAAGAGGAACUGUUCUACCUCUCCGACUUCUACCUGCGGAGUCUCUCGGAGCGCCUCGACACUCUGACCUCCAAGAUGUGCCCAAACGACGAGGGGCAUGAUACACCACGAAGCGGCACCAGCGAUGCAGAGGUUCACAGCAUGGCCGAGUCUGAGGUCAUCGAGCCGCCCGCUGCCUCCGCUCCCGUCUUCCCACCCUUCCCGCACCACCCCCGGACAGAAUCUCCGACAGACCCCGCCGACCUUGGCAAGCAGCUUGCUAGUCUUCCCGUCGAGCACGUCGAGGAGGGUUUCCUGGAGGAUCUCGUGCGUCAGUUAAGGGGCGAGCUCUCGCGCACGGAGCGCUACCUGCAAGCCACCAUGGAGGAGUCCUUGAAGAAAUCCGUCGCUAAAAUUGAGGGGCUGUUGAAGGAGAAUGCCCGGGUGAGCUCUCCCGAUUUCCCGCCGCGUCCUCCCAGCAAAGAGUUCCCGCACAAGUUCGAGGCUCUUGGCAAGCCACCAGUCAAAGACUUGGCUGUGAUCGUGUACUUUGUCCUGGCACAGGCUGCACCAGAAAC